AUGAAACAAGAAACUAUUUACUUCGGAAACACCCUCCUUUUACCCGAUCAACCAUACCAUGAUACCUUUCUCAAAUUUAUGUCAAAUAUUUUCCGUUGGGCAAGAUACAUCGGGAUAGCGGGAUCGAGCAACUUGUGGCAACUUUGGACUAUUGUCCUAAUCUGUAUGUUGCUAGUGGUUGAAUGUGGAGCUAUAUGGAAAGUUAUAAGAGCUCUUGCGGGCUUGGCAAUCGAUACAGCAAACCACAGAAGCGUCACAGCUCGCUUGGCCGGAGCCAUGUUUUACGCGUCAUCUUUGAUAUCUCUCGUGCUGUGCUGCAGGCUCUCAUACAAAUGGAAAACCUUAUCGAAAUACUGGGCAUCUGUGGAAUGGAUGCUCACUGUGAAAUAUGUACCACAGGAUCCUUCUAUACGGAAAAGAUUGAUCGCAGUAACUAUAUUUAUUAGUUUGGGAACAAUAGUAGAACAUCUUGUGAGUAUUUUAGCGUCAACAGGGACAGACUGUCCUAUAACGGAGUUUUUGCGGACAUACAUACUUAAAUCCCAUGGAUUUCUGUUUAAAGAUCAGGAUUAUUACUAUGUGAUAGCCGUACCAGUAUUUUUGACGAGCAACGUUGCAACGAUGUUGUGGAACUUCCAAGACCUGGUUAUUAUACUCAUCAGUAUGGGCCUUGCUUCGAGGUAUAGGCGGCUGAACGAGUGCGUUGCCGGUGUUUGUUUGAAGCUAAGCAAGGAAAAAAAUAUUAGGGAUGAAGAGGUCCUGCACGUAUACCUCUGGCGGAAGAUUCGAGAGGCGUACGUAAAGCAAGCUUUGUUGGUUCGGAAAAUGAACACCGCUUUGGGAUUACUCGUUGUCUUCUCGAAUUUCUUUAGCUUCUACUUUAUCUGCUUGCAACUUUUCUUAGGUAUAACUCAAGGUAUUACUGGAGAUGCCAUACAACAGAUGCAUUACUUAGUAUCCCUCAGUUGGAUCUGCGCACGCACAUGUUGCGUUGUGUUAGCAGCGGCUGGUAUUCACGAACAUUCUAAACGUGCUUUGCCUUAUUUGUUCGAGUGCAAAGGACAAUUUUACAAUAUUGAGAUGGAAAGGCUGCAACAUCAGCUGAGUAAAGAUUACAUUGCGUUAAGUGGAUUGGACUUCUUCAACUUGACAAGAUCUGUGCUGUUGCAGGUGGCGAGUUCUGUCAUCACCUACGUCUUAGUUUUAGUCCAGUACGACAACCGCAGUGAUGAUCAACCACAAAACGGAACCAGCAUGACGGAAAGCUUAAAAUAG